AUGUAUGCCCCAGAGUGCAAGGCGGAGGUGACUCCCUCACACAAUGGCAGUCGCACCUUCAGCUACACCCUGGAGGAUCACACCAAGCAAGCUUUCAACAUCAUGAAUCAGUUGCGCCUAAGUGAGCAACUUUGUGACGUCACCUUGCGAGUCAUAUACAAGGACAUUCCCCCGGCCGACUUUCAGGCCCACAAGGUGGUGCUGGCCUCCUCCAGUCCAGUCUUCAAGGCCAUGUUCACCAUGGGCCUCCGGGAACAGGGUAUGGAGAUAGUCCCCAUUGAGGGCAUCCACCCCAAAGUAAUGGAGCGCCUCAUUGAAUUUGCCUACACCGCCUCCAUUUCCGUGGGCGAGCAGUGUGUGCUGCAUGUUAUGAAUGGGGCUGUCAUGUACCAGAUAGACAGUGUGGUGAAGGCCUGCUGUGAUUUUUUGGUGCAGCAGUUGGACCCCAGUAAUGCCAUUGGCAUCGCCAACUUCGCUGAACAGAUUGGCUGUACCGAACUGCACCAGCGGGCACGGGAAUAUAUCUACAUGCAUUUUGGAGAGGUGUCAAAGCAGGAGGAGUUCUUCAACCUUUCACAUUGCCAGCUGGUGACCCUGAUCAGCCGGGACGAGCUGAAUGUGCGGUGUGAGUCAGAAGUCUUCCAUGCUUGCAUUAACUGGGUAAAAUAUGACUGUGAGAACCGUCGACUCUAUGUCCAGGCCUUGCUGAAAGCUGUGCGCUGCCAUUCCCUCACACCGCACUUUCUCCAAAUGCAGCUGCAGAAGUGUGAAAUCCUGAAGUCGGAUUCCCGUUGCAAGGACUACUUGGCCAAGAUCUUCCAGCAUCUCACCCUGCACAAACCCACUAAUGACAUGCCCUGCCGUGCACCCAAAGUGGGCCAGCUGAUCUACACGGCAGGGGGCUACUUUCGCCAUUCCCUCAGCUAUCUGGAGGCUUACAAUCCUUCUGAUGGCUCCUGGAUCCGACUGGCUGACCUGCAGGUGCCUCGCAGCGGCUUGGCUGGCUGCGUAGUGGGCGGACUGUUCUACGCGGUGGGGGGGAGGAACAACUCUCACGAUGGCAACAUGGACUCGGAUGCCAUUGACUGCUAUAACCCCAUGACCAAUCGAUGGUCUUCCUGCGCCCCUAUGAGUGUGGCCCGUAACCGAAUUGGCGUGGGGGUAAUUGAUGGUAUGAUCUAUGCGGUGGGUGGCUCAUUUGGGAGCACUCAUCACAACAGCGUGGAGAGGUACGAGCCGGAGCGUGAUGAAUGGCAGUCAGUGGCUCCUAUGCUGACGCGGCGGAUUGGUGUUGGUGUGGCUGUGCUGAACCGUCUCCUGUACGCUGUGGGGGGCUAUGAUGGCACUAAUCGCCACAGCUCUGCCGAAUGCUACUACCCCGAGCGUGAUGAAUGGGAGAUGAUUGCCACAAUGAAAACUAUUCGAAGUGGAGCAGGAGUUUGUGCUCUGAAUAACUGCAUAUAUGCCAUGGGGGGCUACGAUGGAACAAACCAGCUGAACAGUGUAGAGCGCUAUGAUGUGGAGGUGGGCACCUGGUCCUUUGUUGCAUCCAUGAAGCACCGCCGGAGUGCCCUCGGGGUCACUGUAUAUCAAGGCAAGAUCUACGUGCUAGGUGGCUAUGAUGGACAAACGUUUCUGGAUAGCGUUGAGUGUUAUGACUCCACCACAGAUACUUGGACUGAAGUAACGUGCAUGACAUCAGGCCGCAGUGGGGUAGGUGUUGCCAUUACCAUGGAGCCAUGCUGCAAGCAAACUGAGCAGCAGAAAUGCCAUUGUUAAUGGUAACAAGGAAUGUGCUCCACUUCCCUUCAAAUGGAGACGAUUCAGUAUUAUAAAAUACCUGCUGCCAAGUUGUAUUCUGCCAGAAUAAAGGAAAAGUGCCAAAAGGAUGAGAAACACUUUAAAUCCCGUUUGAACUGGCCUUGAGGCAACAAUGAAAGACAACUCUUGCUCUGUGCUUUACAAGGAUAGCUGUAGUAAAUUUGUUGUUGCCUCUGCACGCCGUCUCUGCCUCAGUUUGGGAUAGAUGCAUUAGUGAAGAAGGAAACCUCUCUGGGAGAACUAUAGGAGAGCUUGAUUCACACUGGCUGUCUGUUUUCUGGUCCCUGGCAGCGAAUGGACCUUCAGGAAAGGACCUCCACAUCAGGAUGGGUGGAAGUAUUUUGUACAUAGUGCAGCCCUGAGCCCUCCUUAGAAAUGUGUCUUAUUCGUAGUUUGGCGACCAGUUUUUGCUUGGCAGGUUUGUCCAAGCGCAGAUGGGGGAAGGGGAAAAGCUGUGGGGCACUCUUCUGUGACUGAUGAUCUGCAGGCACAGUGCAUCCAGAAAGUAUUCAGACCCGCUUCACUUUUAUCAAUUUUGUUUGCUGCAACCUGAUUCUACAGUUGUUGAAAUUCAUUUUUUUCUCAUUAAUCUACACUCAGUAUUCCAUAAUGACCAAGUGAGACAUUUAUGUCUGUAAAUGUAUUAAAAAGAAAAAAAUGAAAUAUCAUAUUGGCAUAAGUAUUCAGACCCUUCACUCAGUAAUUGUUGAAGCACCUUUGGCAGCAAUUAACAACCUUGAGUCUUUCUGUGUAUGACGUGACAAGCUUUGCACACCUGGAUUGGGGGAUUUUCUGCCAUUCUUCCUUUCAAAGCCCCUCGAGCUCAGUCAGGCUGGAUGGUGACCGUUGGUGGACAGCUAUUUUCAGGUCCCUCCAGAGACAUUCAGUAGGUUUCAAAUCUGAGCUCUGGCUGGGCGACUCUAGGACAUUCACAGAGUUGUCCCUAAACCGCUCCUGUGUUGUCUUGGCUGUGUGCUUAGGGUUGUUGUCAUGUUGGAAAGUGAACCUUCGGCCCAGUCUGAGAUCCUGAGUGCUGUGGAACAGGUUUUAUUGAGGAUAUUCCUGUACUUUGCUCCAUUCAGCUUUCCUUCAACCCUGACCAGUCUUCCAGUCCUUGCUGCAGAAAAACAACAUCCACCCACCCCUGGCGUGAUGCUGCUACCACGCUUCACUGUUGGGAUAUUGGGCAGGUGAUGAGCGGUGCCUGGUUUCGUCCAGACAUAAUGUUUAGAAUGGAGGCCAAAGAGUUCAAACUUGGUUUCAUCAGACCAGAGAAUCUUGUUCCUCACAGUCAGAGUCCUUCAGAUGCUUUUUUGCAAACUCCAAGUGGGCUUGCAUGUGUUUUGCACUGAGGAGAGGCUUCUGUCUAGCCACUCUGUCAUAAAGCUCAGAUCAGUGGAGGGCUGCGGUAUGGUUGUCCUUCUCCACAUAGGAUCUCUGGAGCUCAGUCAGGGUGACAGUUGGGUUCUUGGUCACCUCUCUUACUAAGGCCCUUCUCCCCCAAUUGCUCAGUUUGACGGGGCAAUCAGCUCUUGGAAGAGUCCUAGUUGUGUCAAACUUCUUCCAUUUGAGAAUUAUGGAGGCCAUUAUGCUCUUAGGAAACUUCAGUGCAGCAAACAUUUUAUUAUAGCCUUCCCCAGAUCUGUGCCUUGCAAUAAUCCUGUCUCUGAGCUCUGCAGGCAGUUCUCAUGGCUUUUGCUUUGCUACACUAUGCAUUGUUAGCUGUGAGGCCUUCUAGAACAGUGGUUCUCAACCUUUUUAAUGCCGCAACCCCCAACCGGUCGUAAGUCGAGGACUACUCAACUGGUGCAGCACCGUUUGCAGAAUGGGACUUUCUGCAGAGACAGCCUGGACAAU